AUGCAGCAUCCAGAGCUUGACCCUUAUGAAGAGAGAGAAAGGGAAGCCAGGGCAAGAGCGGACGAGAAUGUAGCAAAAGAGCUUCGCAGUAUGAGAGAAGCAGUUAGAAAUAUCCAAGCCAACAAAGGAUGUGAAGGACUUGAGUACGGAGAUCUAUGUAUCCAUCCUGAUAUCGAGUUGCCCGCCGGAUAUAAAAUCCCAAAAUUUGAUAUGUUUGAUGGGAAGGGAAAUCCUCGGGUUCACUUGAGGUCAUACUGCGAUAAGCUUGUCGGAGUGGGGAAAGAUCAAGCUAUCAGGAUGAAAUUGUUCAUAAGGAGUUUGACGGUCGAUUGGUAUACAUGCCAAGACCCACAGAAAUGGCACAGUUGGGGAGAAAUGGCCCAAGAAUUCAUGGACAGAUUUAGGUUUAACACUGAGACUAUCCCAGAUAGAUUUUACUUGAUGAAGCUGGAAAGGAAGUCGACAGAAACUUUCCGAGAGUAUGCCAUGCGCUGGAGAGCAGAGGCCGCAAAAGUCCAGCCCCCAAUGGUGGAGAGUGAGAUGACUACAAUUUUUAUACAGUCUUUAAAAGAUGCCACAUACUGUGAGAGACUGUUAAGUGUCAUUAGACAAAAGUUCUCUGAAGUCAUCAGAAUGGGAGACUUCAUAGAGGAUGGAAUUAAAAAAGGAAGAGUCACAAAUCUUGCGGCCUUGCAAUCAACAAGUAAGACAAUUCAAUCACAUGCAGCUAAGAGGAAGAGGGACGGAGGGUCCGCAGUCAUGACCAUCCAGGAACGAAGACCAAACCAAUUGUUAACCUACCAAUAUCCUUCAUCUCAGCCUUCAUACUACAGCCAACACACCCAAGCCCCUCAGCCUUAUUACCAACCUCCACCCACUCCCCUUCCUGUUUACCAUACCCAACCAGCAUAUCACCCAUCUCGAGCACCCGCCCAUCAAAGCCCAUACCGGCCAACCUACUCACCUCAACCCCAACACCAAUCACCAAACCGACCAAAAAAUGCACCUAGACCUCGCCCAAACUUUGAAAGAAAGCCAACCAAAACCUACACACCGUUAACCGAACCUUUAGCCCAGUUGUAUGAAAGAUUGAGAACCGCAGGGAUACUCCAGCCAAUUCAGGGAAGAGUCCCUAAUCCCCUCCCUAGAUGGUAUGACGGGACUAAACGUUGUGCGUAUCACUCAGGAGUUACUGGACAUGAUACUGAGAAUUGCCAUACUCUCAAGGACAUAAUUGAAGCAUUGAUCAAAGAAGGGGUCAUCUAG